UCGGAUUUACAUCAUUCCUUAUGUUCAUCUACAGAAGCUUAUCUUACAACUUCAAAACAUAUUCAAACAUUUCUUCCUAUCCCUCUUGUUCCAUAUGAUCUUGGACAAAAUGAUUUUUUUAAAGUAUUAAAAAGACAUCAUUGGAUUGAAGAAAUUGAUCAUGAUACAAUUCUAGUAAAAGUCCAAGAAUCUAUUUUACAAUAUAAUGAAUUUGUUGGAUUACUUCAUUGGUUAUGUAGUAAUGAUGUUCAUAAUAAAUCUUAUAUAAAACAAAUUCUAUCCAAAAUACGUUAUCGUGAAACUUAUCAAUCAUCUAUAAUUAAAUUAGAAAAAAUUGAAUUUUAUGAUACUUUGAAUCUAUCAUCUUUACCUCUUCCAUCAAAUGUAUUACCAUCGAAUGUUAUCAAUCAUAUAUCUCGAGAAGAUUUACAUAAACGAUUAUCAUUAUCGAUAAUUUCUAUGAAAAAUUUAAUUGAAUUUUAUCUCGCAGACAAUCAACAAUAUCUCUUUCAAAAUGAGAAUACAACUCGUAUUCUUCUUAGUUUUAUAUCUCAACGUUGGAAUCAAUUUAAUGAAAAAGAAUCAAACAAAAUCAAAGAUAUUUUAUCUAAUCUAAAAUGUAUUUCAACAAGUCAAGGAAUGAAAUCACCUAAUGAAUCUUAUAUUCGAUCAUCUAACUUAUCAGACAAUUUACCAAUAAUUAAAUUUUACAUUCCACAGAUAUCAAUUGAUAAAGAAGAGUCAAAUGAUUAUUCUGUAUCUAUUGAAUUUCUUAAAUCAGUUGGAUGUCGAACAAUACAUAUUCCAACAUUAACAAGUCAAUCGAAUAAUUCAUUCAAUGAUUUAAUAACACUUCAAAAUUUUAUUCAAAAUUUAUUACAACAACGUAAAACUAUGAGUGACAAUGAUCUUCAUGCAUUAAAACACAAUCCAUGUAUUAUAGGAAUAACAUUAGAAUCGAAUGGUGGAACAAAACAUAAAUAUAAACCAUGUGAUCUUCAUUUUCCAUCCGUAGCUGAUCGUCUUCAAUGGAAUCAAUUAUUAAUUAUAGAUUGGUUAGAUAUUAAUCCACGUUCACAAGAAUAUGCUUUUCUUAAAGAACUUGGCGUACGAGAAGUACCAGAUUUACAUAAACUUAUCUCUCGAAUUGAUCAAGAACAUAAUUAUGGAACAAAAAUAAAAGAAGAAUAUAAAUUACCUAAUGCACUUAUCUUUUUUGCCGAAAAUUUUCAACAAUAUUAUUCUAAAGUAUGGAAAAAUGCAAAUAUUAAAAUACCAUUUCUUCCAUCUAUUCUACCCGAUAUAAAUCAAUCAACAGAAGUUACAUUAACAACACCUGAUAUUGUUUUUAAAGAAUCAGGACCAUCAUGUCCAUCUUUACUUCCUGAAGUGCUUCGAUGUUUUUCAAAAUAUUUUGAUAUUGGUUUACUUGGUGUUAAACAACGUCCUUUACUAUCAAUAGCAUUUGAUAUUUUAAUGGAAAAAAGAAAUCAAUUAUUAAAUGUCGAAUCGGCUUCAAUAUACUUUUGUUAUUUCAAUAAGUUAGAUGGUCUUAAUAGAACAUUUAUUGAAAGAAUUUCUAAUCGAGCAUUUAUUCCUUUACCAGGUAGUAAUAUUUAUCUAAAACCAUCUCAAGUAUUUAUUCGAUCAAAAAAUUCAUUCACUAAUGAAACAUCUUCUAAUAAUGAUCUAAACAUUACAGAUGAUAUGACAACACAUGGUCUUAUUGAUUAUAUAGAUUAUGGUCAUCAAGCAAAUUCCUUUCUUCUUAGUAUUGGAGUUCUAUCUUAUCCAUCAGCUGAAAAUCUUGCUGAUUUAUUAAUUGAACGACAAGCAUCUUUUUUUGCUCAAAUGAAAGAUAAUACGAAUGAUAUGAUAUCAACUAAAUUACGUGUUUAUACAAAUUGUUUGAAACAAUUAGCUGCUAUAUCAAACAUUACAAAACAUUUAAAUGUUGAACCAUUACGAAGUCGUUUAAUUAAUAAACCAUGGUGUUUAGCAUAUCAAAUAAUCGAACGAUCGGAGGGAAAUAGAGAACGAAUUUUUAAAAUUACUAAACCAAUAGAUAUUUAUCUCGAUGAUGAUCAUCAAUCUGCAAUUGAUCUUCGACCAUUAUGUGCACCUGAUGAACCUGAAUUAACUAAAUUAUAUGAAUUAUUUGGAUCAAAAUGGUUGUCUGAAAGUGUUAAACGAACUUUAAUACAUAGAGGUAAAUAUCGGAUUUUUCUUGUAGAUUAUUAUAGAUAAUUUGAUACAUUUUCAUUUCUAGGAAAGUUUUUUGUAACAGACAGAAGUAAAAAAUUACACGAUCUUAUU